GCGAGUCCUGCUCUCCAGCUUGAAGAGCCGAAAUUAUUUUGUAUAAUAAUAAGGUGCACUACGCGAAUAUUAAAUUAGCAUUAAUUUAAGCAUCGCAAUCUUUGACGUCAUCGGCAUCUUGUGUGUGGUGAAUUGAACCACCGGCUAGUACGCAUCCAUCCCAAAUCUUCAGCGUGAUGUGAGGAGGAUCUGAUACCGUAAGACACUCGUCUUUGGCCCCGUCAUUUAGUUGCUCCCAGCUAGCAUCCAACAUGGAUGCAGUCAACUACUCUUUCCAGACACCAGAGUGGAAGGGGAAGAUUAAGGAUGCGUGGGGUUACGCCACGGGACUUUACGAUGCUGUGCAAGAUUACAUCGUACCCAAAUACUACCAUGACAGGUCAUAUCGGUCUGUCCAGAUGCGUCUCUACACGUUAACGAAGAGGCACUUUGUUCUGGUCUUUGUGUCAUUCUUCGCAGCAUUCACUCUCUCUGUCGUAUUAGGGAUUGCAGGUCCAGGUAUUGAAGUUAGUGAAGAAAUAGCUACAAGCAAAAACUUGCCAAAUGGACCGUUUGAGGUGACGUCGCCACUACUGAACAGAUUUAACCGCUCUCUGUGGCUGACGUCGGUAAUAGAGGUUAAUAACGGGAAAGGCGAGAGCUUCCAAAAACUAUUCAACAUCAGCAUUUUUAUCCGAGCCCUAGAAGAGGAUGGUAGCGUGAUACCAAUCAGCAAUGUAUUCUUCAACCAUACAAGAACACUAUCAUGCCAAAAGGGCGAAGAGUGUGAAGAGUUGUUGCUGUUGCAUCUUGCUACAAUACAGUACUCCUCUUAUGUCAUAACAGUCUACUUCCAUGGCUUGGAGAAAGUCAAGGUCACAAAGAUCAACUUUGAAUUCCAUACGUACAAUCCAAGCUUUUCCCAAAUGGAGAUAUGGUUCCGGUUUGUGUUCUUAGUGUUGGCGUUCAUUGUCACGUGUAUGUUUGCUCAUUCAUUGAGGAAGUUUUCAAUGCGUGACUGGUCCAUCGAGCAAAAAUGGCUCUCCGUCUUGCUUCCCUUUCUUCUGUUAUAUAACGAUCCCAUCUUCCCGUUGAACUUCUUAGUUGACUCCUGGUUGACCGUCGUCCUAGAUGAUAUUUUCCAGGCUACAUUCCUCUGUGCUCUGCUUCUCUUUUGGCUGUGUGCGUAUCAUGGAAUCAGAAAGAGCGAUAGAAAGUGGACGUAUUUCUACCUGCCUAAGCUAGUGCUUGUAGGUUUCAUCUGGGUUUCUGCCGUGGUGCUGGCUUGCUGGGCUCAGUACAGAUCUCUUUUUGAUCCGACGUUCAACUAUAAAGUAGACAGCGGGAACUUCUUGGGUCUUGUAAUAUUCUUCUUGGUUUUUGGAGGACUGUAUCUUCUCUAUUUGGUAUUCCUGAUCAUCAGAGCGUUCACAGAGCUCAAGUCCCUCCCAUACAUGAAUCUUCGGUUACGAUUCAUGACUGUGUUGAUGCUGUUUGUUGUGGCUGUGAGUGUGGCUGUCAUUGUAAUGAGGUUUGGUAUAGGAAUCCUGAAUGGUAACUUUGUAUCAGAGCUCUCCACGUACUACAAGAACUCUGCAGAGUUUCUGGCCUUCUAUAGUCUUCUGAACUACUACCUGUAUACCAUGGCGUUUGUCUACUCACCCUCCAAAAAUGCACACAAAGAUUCAUACUUCAAAGACAAUCCAACUUUUUCCAUGCUGAACGAGUCCGAAGAUGAACUUAUUUACGGUUCUGACAGUGACGACAAUACAACGAGACCAUUGCAAAAUGGCACCCACUACCAAGACAGUGAAGAUGAGUAAUCACCAUGGCGAUGACCUUUGACAUUAAACAGGAAGUGCUUCCAAGGGUGAGAUAAAAGUACUAGCUUCUAAAACAGGCUGGAAGUUGAUUGGUUGGAACCAGUUUUUAUUUUUAUUUGUAUUUACACUGAGCAAUGUUUACCUCCUGGUACCCACUAAUGAUAACACACAACAAGAAAACUAUCAUUGGAAAAGAAUCUGCAGAACGCUGACUUAGUUGUGAGACCAUUUUUAUGGAAAUGUGUAGCAAUGCUGUCUGCACUGCUAUCGUAAAAUUAGUUGGUUAUUGACUGUUUAGUGUCAUGCACAUUUCUCUGUGUGCAAUAAAUUAUUGUUUGUUUAUUUUUCAUUUUUUAUGGAAGGGUACCAAUGAGUUUCUUGUAUUGACUCCUCACAUCAUCAGUGGGUGCGUUCAUUUAGCUUCCCUGGGUCGACCCCGGUCUGCCCUGGUACGUUCGAAUAGCUUUAAUGGGGCUCACCCGGGUCAGCUCCUAGUGCCCUGCUUGUGGAGGGGGUCACUUGGGGGCGACCUGAGGAGCAUGCCGUCACCACGAGAGGGCGAGUGUGAUUGUUCGUAGCUCUUUUCAGGGGCUCACCCGAGUGAGUACUGCGGGGUCGACCCAGGGAAGCUAAACGAACGCACCCACCGUAAGUGGCUAAUGCAUGUCACUUAGGGAGUCAAAUUGCACCCACAAAUUAUAGUCAGCGUGUAACUGAUGCCAUAUCUUCUAUAAAGCACACUACACUGUAUAACACACAUGAACGAUGACUCCUGAAGUUGUGCAACUAAGAUUAUGGUGAUGAUGAUAUCAGGGCAAAAUUUCAUAAAUGAGGCACAAAAAGUAGCCAAGUGCAGCAAAAUCUUGCUUGACAAAAUAAGGUUACCAGCCAAACUACCAUGUUAAGUGCACAUCUUGUGACUGGUGUCCUGCUCAUUUCUGCCUAGC